AUGUUAUUUGGCAGAAGCAGUAAAAGAGUGUCUUGUAUCUGUAAAAUGAUUUCCCAACUGAACCACCUUUUUCUCUCUCCUGCUGUUUACGGAAAACCCAGUACCAUAAUGAGCCCAUCUUCCUCGUCCAUGAGAAUUCAAGGUUUUCGCUGUCAUAGUACCGAAUUAACUCGGUCAUCCAUUCCUCUUGCUGCUAAUCGAAUUUCAAGGGUUGCAAGAACCGAUGCCCAGGUUGCACUAUUUGAUUAUUUGCAUUGUACUAGAGGCUUCCAUUUCACGGAUGCAGAGCAUAUUAGCAAGAACUCCCCCCAUUUCCUUCAGAAUUUACUUUCCAAGGUUGAGAACGAGCAAGACAUGUCAAGGGCUCUGUCUAAGUUUUUUAGAUAUCAUCCAAUUAAUGAGUUUGAACCAUUCUUGGAGAGUUUGGGUCUGAACCCAGCUGAACUCACAUCUCUUCUUCCACGGAAUCUGAUAUUCUUGAGUGAUGAUCAUGGCUUGCUUGAUAACUAUCAUGUUCUCUGUGAUUAUGGUAUUCCCCGUAGCAAAAUUGGUAAGAUCUUUAAGGAAGCAAAUGAGAUAUUUAGCUACGACUAUGGAGUCUUGGCUAUGAAACUCAAGGCUUAUGAAGAACUAGGCUUGGGUCGACCCACAGUUAUUAAGCUGGCGAGUUGCUGCCCUCUGCUCUUGAUAGGUGGUGUGAACAAUGAAUUUGCUGUGGUUCUUGAAAAGUUGAAGGGAUUAGGCUUUGGAAAUGAUUGGAUCGGAGGGUAUUUAUCAGACAAAAGGACCUAUGAUUGGAACAGAAUGCUUGACACAAUUAGUUUUCUUAGUGGUGUAGGUUAUAGUGAAACACAGAUGGUGAUUUUGUUUAAGACAAAUCCCCCAUUAUUGUUUGAAGGUUCCGGGAAACGGAUCUAUGUAUUGGUUGGCCUAUUACUCAAAUUGGGUUUUAAAAUGAAUGAGGUUUAUUCCUUGUUCAUAGGAAGUCCACAAAUUUUAUCACCGAAGUGUGCAAAAAAUCUUUUGAAGGGAGUGUAUUUCCUGUUUGAAAUAGGAAUGGAAACAGAAGACAUUGCAGAGAUUGUUUCUACCCAUUUGCUACUUCUGAGCUCUCAUUCUCUUAAAGGACCGAUAACUGUCUUGAGAAAUUUUAAAGGUGAUAGAUACAGUUUAAGUGAAAUUAUAAAGGAAGACCCUUUGAAGCUGCUCAGCUUGGCUUCAAAGUCAAAUGUUAAUGCCGUUGAACAGCUAGCUUUCCAUAAUCCAGCUAAUUAUUCGAAGAAAACCACCUUCUUGUUGAGAUUAGGUUAUAUUGAAAACUCAGACGAAAUGGCUAAAGCUUUGAAACAGUUCCGGGGCAGAGGGGAUCAAUUACAGGAGAGGUUUGAUUGCUUGGUACAAGCUGGUUUGGACUGCAAUGUUGUAUCUAAUAUGAUAAAACAAGCUCCAUCAGUGCUAAACCAGACCACAGAAGUGCUCAAGAAGAAGAUCCAUAUUUUGAAAACGUGUUUAGGUUACCCAGUGGAAUCCAUCAUAGCAUUUCCGUCAUACUUAUGCUACGAUAUAGGGAGAAUCAAUCUCAGAUUUGCAAUGUAUGAAUGGCUAAGGAAGAGAGCUGCAGCAAAGCCCAUGCUAUCAGUGAGUACACUCUUGGCAUGUUCAGAUACAAGAUUUGUGAAAUAUCUUGUCAAUAUACAUCCAAAAGGUCCAGCCAAAUGGGAAAGUUUAAAAAAGUCCGUACCUUCUAGCUAA